CAAAUGCAUGCGAACACUUGUGUGCUUGUGGAUCUUUGUUAGCUUACUUGGGGUAUACGUUUUGAAGCCAUAUUCUUAAUUCAAGAUAUCAACGAUUAAACAACACAGAUCUAGCAGAUUUGGUUUUUGAUUUGGUACAUAGCAAUACUAUGUCUACCAAUGACUGGCCUGGUAUUCUAGGAGACUUUGAGCAUCUAGGACGCCCUGACCAGCCUAGCCAUCAGUAUAAGGAAGAGUCAUAUGAGCACUGUACAACAGCCCUGGAGUCUUACCAUCAUGCUGCACAUGCUCUAAUAUACGCAGAUGAUGACAGCAUCAAAUUCAAAUUCUAUCCAGCUAGAGCUGCCAUUAUGAUGCAGAUGCGCUGUGAUGGCUAUGUGGGGUUCCCAGGUGGCAUGGUAGAUGAUGGAGAGAAUAUAGAAGCAGCAGUCAAUAGAGAACUCAGGGAGGAAAUAGGACUCAACUUGAAAAAAUACGAAAUCACGAAGGAGGACCAUUUUAUGAGUCAAGUCAGUGAAUUUAAGAAGUUGUGUCUUCAUUUUUAUGUGAAGAAAGUGACAUUAGAAGAAUUCUUUGAGAUUGAGAUGGAUUGUCUGAGAGCCCCUGACCAUGGCACUGAGGUAAUGGGUGCUCUACGUGUGCCUCUCUAUACCAUGGGGGAUGGAAUGCGGGGUCUGCCUGUUUUCCUAGCUAACCAGUUCAUAGGAAAUGCAAGGCAACAACUUAUCACAGCGUUACUGAAGUUGGGUAUAAUGACUGAAGAUGAAGUAAUAAAGGUGCUCAAAGGAACAGAAAUGUUUAAGUCUUCACUAUAACUGGAUUUAUUUAUACAGACUGUUAUAGGGAUUACAUUCAUUUAUUUUUUAUUGGGAAUUAAUGUUUUAUGAAUAAUAUGCACAAUGAAAUGUAUGUUUUUAGCAUAUG